CGGCGUAUGAGGACAUCGUUUCUCAAUUAGGAGAACAUGAGCUACACACAUCAGAUGUCCAGCAGCAGUUGGUGAUGAAACAAGAGGUUCCCCCUGAACAGCAGGACUGGAGCUCCAGUCUGGACCAGGAGGACCCAGAGCCUCCAAACAUUAAAGAGGAGCAGGAGGACCAGGAGAACCCAGAGCCUCCACACAUUAAAGAGGAGCAGGAGGACCCAGAGCCUCCAAACAUUAAAGAGGAGCAGGAGGACCCAGAGCCUCCACACAUUAAAGAGGAGCAGGAUGAACUCAGGAUCAGUCAGGAGGGAGAGCAGCUUCAAAAGCUGGAGGAGGCUGGAAUCAAGUUCUCAUUCACCCCUGUAAAGAGUCAAUAUGAUGAUGAGGAAGCUCAGCUCUCAAAGUCCAUAAAAACUGACAAAAGAGAGGCAGAACAUUUGAAAACAGAAGCAGACGGAGAGGAAGUCAGAUCCACAUCAGAUCCAGAUAGUCCUUUACAACCAACUGCUGAUGAGACGUCACAAUCCUCUGAAUGUGAGACUGAUAACAGUGAAGAUUGGAAGGAGACUCAGGAACCUCAGUCACGUUUAAACCCUUUGGAAAACAAAGAAGUCCCUGUAGGUGACAUGGACUGUGGGACUGGAAACGCAUCAAUUAGCUCUUCUCAAUAUGCUGGAAGCUUUGGCCAAAAGAGACAUCCGAAGAGACACUCUGGAGCCACAACAGGAGUGACCAGUUCUUCAGUUUGUGGUAAAACAUUCAGACAAGCAGGCGAUCUGAAACAACACUCAACUGUUCAUACAGGAGAGAAACUAUUCAGUUGUUCAGUUUGUGGUAAAACAUUCAGACAAGCACGAAAUCUGAAACAACACUCAGCUGUUCAUACAGGUGAGAAACUAUUCAGUUGUUCAGUUUGUGCUAAAACAUUCAGUCAAGCAGGCCAUCUGAAACAACACUCAACUGUUCAUACAGGAGAGAAACUAUUCAGUUGUUCAGUUUGUGGUAAAACAUUCAGACAAGCACGAAAUCUGAAACAACACUCAGCUGUUCAUACAGGUGAGAAACUAUUCAGUUGUUCAGUUUGUGCUAAAACAUUCAGUCAAGCAGGCCAUCUGAAACAACACUCAACUGUUCAUACAGGAGAGAAACUAUUCAGUUGUUCAGUUUGUGGUAAAACAUUCAGACAAGCACGAAAUCUGAAACAACACUCAGCUGUUCAUACAGGUGAGAAACUAUUCAGUUGUUCAGUUUGUGGUAAAACAUUCAGUCAAGCAGGCCAUCUGAAACAACACUCAACUGUUCAUACAGGUGAGAAACUAUUCAGUUGUUCAGUUUGUGGUCAAACAUUCAGUCAAGCAGGCCAUCUGAAACAACACUCAACUGUUCAUACAGGUGAGAAACUAUUCAGUUGUUCAGUUUGUGGUCAAACAUUCAGUCAAGCAGGCAGUCUGAAACUACACGCAACUGUUCAUACAGGAGAGAAACUAUUCAGUUGUUCAGUUUGCGGUAAAACAUUCAGACAAGCAGGCCAUCUAAAACGACACUCAGCUGUUCAUACUGGAAAAACAAAUUAGCGUUCAGUUUUCAAUAAAAGAUUCCCUCUUCUCUGUGAUUUAAAAAGAAAUCACAAUUGCAUUGUUGAGGUCAUCAGAAAUAAAUGAGACAUUGUUGUUGUUGAUGUUGUUAGCAGAGUUGAUGUUCAUGAUAAGGUUGAAGACGUGUUCUUGCUUGUGUUGCUGCAAGUCUUAAACCUAUAUGAUAUAUAUUUAUAUGUAUAUAUGUAAAUCUAUAUUUUUUUCAGAUAUACAUCUAUAUUUCUAUAUAUAUAUAUAUAUAUAUAUAUAUAUAUAAAUAUAAAUAGAGAUUUAUUUAAAAACAAAUUCCUUUAUAUAUAUAUAUAUAUAGUGUAUGUAUUUUGUUAAGAUUAUUUCUUUACGUUUCUAUAUUUAAUUUUGUUGGCUUUUAUUUCUGUUCAUUUUUGCUAGUUAUUAUUGACAAUGUGAAACUGUUAAAAGACAAAAUACUUGCAACGUCGAUAUCGCUGCUUCCACAACUUCCGGCUAUGGCUCGGGUCAGCUGACCCUGAACUGGCCAAUCAGAAGUGCCUCUCGGGUUGUUUUGCUGAGCGGUUCACACCAGAGAGACCGCGGGGAGACACGACGGUGGAGACCUCCAUAAGAGGUGGUAUUGUCGAAGUAUUACUCCUUCAUGAUUUAACUAUAAUAUUCUGAUGUACCUGGCUUAAUGUUUUUAUUGUUUAUGAUAAUAAACACAUUAUUAUAAACACAGUAUUUUUGCCACAGCUGAAGCUGAAGUUUUGUGAUGGUCUAAAAAUAAUAAUAAAAUACUCUACUUUAAAUGGUAAUUUGUGUCUCAAAUGUUUAUCCAUGAAUUAAAAAAGCCAGAAUGUUUAAACAUGCUCAUGUAUGUUUUUUUCAAAGACGACAAAACAAAGUGAUGUCAUCCGGAUCACAAGAUGUCUCUGAGCUCCCUGAAGUGUUUCCUCGGUGGUCUGUGGUUUUCACAUCAUGCACAUGAAGCUCAAACAAUCCAAGGGAUUGAACCAAAAGCUAAACUCAUUUAGAAAUGGAGGGUGGCUUCAAUAUAAUAAUAAUAAUAAUAAUAAAAAUCUUCACGAUU